AUGCUUCAAACACUUCCCAUGCUUAGCCAGGAGAUGACCAUAGCUUUGGCUGUCCUCUCCUUGCUUCUGGUCCUAGUCCACAAAGCAAUAUCAAGGCGCCGGGAAACCAAGGGACUUCCUCCUCUUCCGCCUUCACCCCCUAGCACAAACAUUUUCGCUGGCCAUCUUCCAACCGUCCUAAAAGCAGCCAAGAACCAUCGCCAGCAUCUUCUGUUCCAAAAGUGGGCCGAGGAAUACGGCGAGGUGUUUUUCGUCCAGCUGGGUACUAUCCAGGAGUACUUCAUCAAUAGCGACCAAGCCGUCAGGGCAAUCUUCGACAAGGCUGCGGCCCAAACAUCCGAACGACCGCGUUGGAUUGUCAGUAACGAGCAGAUAUGCAACCGACUCAAUCUUCUCCUUCUUAGCUCAAGUGAAAAGGCAUGGAAAAGUCAGCGGAAGGCCACAACCUUUGGACUGACUAAUUUGAAUCUUGCUGAUGCUGGCCUUCCAUUUCUCCAUUUCGAAACACUGAAGUUCCUAAAUGACAUUGCCAAAGAUCCCAACAAAGGUGCCAAUCCGCAAUCCCUAUGGUCGAGCAUUGGUCGCUACACAUAUAGCACAUUCUCGUCCCAGAUCUUUGGCCUUGAUGUCCCUGAAGACAACAGUCCUGUUAUUGACUACAUAUUCGAAACAGGCCUAGCUCAGAUCCUUGGCAUGCUCCCUGGCUACUAUUUAGUUGACACUUUCAACAUUCUGGAUAAGCUGCCACUAUUUCUGAAACCUUGGGAAAGGAGCGCAAAGGCCAGGCACAAGCGUGACUAUGAGUGGUGUUGUGACAAGCUUAAGAGGGUAAAGUCACAGAUUGAUGCUGGAGAGGCUCCGCCUCAUAUGACUUUCAUCAGAAGGGUCAUCGAAGACCCGAACCACCUGGGACUUGACAGCCUUGAGGAUGCCUCAUACCUAGGCAUGAUGUUAAUCAUUGGGGCUUCGGAUACGAUGUCUGCAACAAAGCGAGAAAAGUAA